GAUACUUUCGGCUAUGAACAAAGAUCCCUACCGAGGCGGAGGCGGAGUAGGAGGAGGCGGAGUUGGUGGCCAGCAGGAUGGCAGCGGAGCGGCAGGUGUGUCCAUCAGCAUUGAGAGCGACGACAAUGAGUCAACCACUGCGGAACACGACUACUUGCUACCCGUCUCCUCCUCUUCGAUGACCUCUGCAGGGGGCGGUGUCGGCGCUGGAGGAGUUGGUGGAGGAGCGGCCAACACCAGCAUUAGCCUGGAUCACGGGCAGGUGCCCACUGCGCGCAGUAGCAGUCUGAGCGGUGCUACAGCCCGCCACGGAAACAUCCUGUCCUCCUUCCUGGCCCGCCAGCGAUCGUACACGCCGGCCAGCAACAGCAGCUCGCCGGUGCGAGUGACCACACAAAUGAACCGCCGGCUGCAACAGUCCCGCAGCAUGGGCGCCAAUGCUGGCAGUUUGGAAGAGCCGCCCAUCGCAGGAGGAGCAGGGACUGGAGCUGCCACUGCCCCUUCGCCCGGAACAGCAGCCAGUGUGAGACAACUGGGCUUUUGGCGUGUCAACCUUAACGACGUCUUCUCGCUUUCCACGGCACCGUCCACGGAGGCACUGCGCUCCUUUAUCACACAUUCCAACUUCAGGUAUCCGGCCGCUGCACCUGCUGCAGCCGUUCCCUUUCAAGCCGCUGUUCCCGAGGACAACGCACACAUACUGCUCGGUCAGCAACAACAACCUGUGUCAGAACCUGUCAGUUCACCGCUUCGCUUCGGCCGUGUGGGAUCGGGAGCCGCAGCUGGACCAAGUGGAGCUAUGGGCAGGAGCAUCUCUCUGCGCGAGGGAGAAAUGCGGCACAACCAUCAUGGCCUUAAUGGCAGUCGGCACAAUGCCAGCGUCAUUGGACUACACAGCAAUCCGGUGGCUUUUGAGGAAAAUGAGCCGAAUAACAGUCGGGAUCUGGGAGACGGCGAUGGCAAUGGGACUGAGAAUGGAGGAGGCGGCGGUGGCGGCGGCAUCGGAGUCGGAGCUAAUGGCCCGGCUGAGCCCCAUGAGCAUCAGGCUGAGGACGAGCACCUCAUAUCCGACGACAUGGUUGUGCAGAUCCUCAGCCACUUUGUACGCUAUCUGCCGCUAAUCUUCAUACUGCUCAUCAAGUUUAUACACGACCAUCUGCUGGGAAUUUUGGAUUUGCUGGUGCUACAAACGGUGAUGUACAAUGUGAACCGAUCGGUGCGAAACCAGGUUGCUAGACUGGCCCAAAAGAACUAUGCCGUGCUGGUGAGAGACGCCUGCCUAAUUGCCGUGGUGGUAACGGUGCGCCUAUUCCUGGCUAAUACGCCGCCAAAUCCAUUCGGUCUGAUUGUGCCGCCACCCAGGGAUUACUUUACCACCACAAUAACUUUUCACACGGGAAUCACGGAUGUGGGGGACAAGCUGCCGGACGAUCCCACAUUGUCGUCGACGUCGUCGGCUUCUUUGGCGGAAAGUAACAAUAAAAAUAUGGUGAUUCCCCUGGGCAUGAUGCUCUACUACAUUGCUGUAAGUGAUCUCAUUCUGAAGCUGCUCACCAUGCUGAUAAAACUGGGAAUAACGAUGCUGCCCCAUCCGUUAAUGCGCCUUAAAGUUCGGGCCCGACUUUAUGUGCUGGUGGAGUACAUUUCACAGUUCUACCGGGCUACAGCGCCCAUUACCCAAUGGUUCCUGUUCCUCUAUGAGUCCUAUUCGGGCCUAGAGGUGGUGUCCGGUGGCCUGUUUUCCGCCCUCUAUCUGGGCGCCAAGAUCUUCGAGCUGGUGGAGCGUGGCAAGUCCCUGCACAAGGCUAUUGUGACAUUCAGGAAGAAUAUUGACUCUGAGCGACCGCCGACCAAAGACGAAUUGGAUGCCGCGGGAGCCCUCUGCCCUAUCUGCCAUGACGCCUUCAACACGCCCAUUGUGCUGGAGUGCGGCCACAUCUUCUGUGAUGAGUGCGUGCAGACCUGGUUCAAGCGAGAGCAAACCUGUCCGAUGUGCCGAGCCAAGGUCAGCGACGAUCCCGCCUGGCAGGACGGCAGCACCACUUUCUUCCAUCAGUUGUACUAGCUCGGCACCAAA